UAUUUUUGUAAGAGAGUAAUUAUUUUAGUAAUGCUACUGUAAUACUACUAGAUUAAUGUGCAUAGAAAAGAUCAGGAGAUAAUUAGAGAGUGAUUACAUGGUUAUUAAUCAUAAUGAUGGUGUAAUGAAUGGGAAGUAAGGAAUCUUUAAAACUGUGUACCCAAAAAGACCCUACCACCACCACCAUUCCCAAAAUCCAAAUCAAUUCAACACUCUACUCUACUACAUACAGCUAAGCUCACUCUUCCAUACUACUACUCUUUUAACUCUCUGCAUUCUGCACUUUCUCUCAUUUGUUAUUUUGACUCUUCAAUCCCAUCUGAUCAUAUACAAACAAACAGCAAAACAAAUUCUCCCCCUUUUCAGCUCAUCUCCAUCCCAUCCAUCACAUACAAACAACCACAAGAAUUUCAAAUAAUUUCUAGUCUUCAGCAAUGCCUGAAACUAGAAAUUAUAGAAAACCCACUAAGAAAACUCACACAAUAUCAUCACAGAAAGAGAAAUCUUUACCACCAGCAUCAACAACUAAUACUGCUGCUGCUACUUCACCAGCAGCAUCACCACCUUCUUGGGUAAUGAUGAGAAGUAUAUUUUCAUGUAAACAUGACCAACAAGAAGCAGAACCCAUUUCUAUUAAUAAAGAAGGAAACAGUAAAAGAUGUAAGAAAAUGGUUUGUUCUGGCUCAUCUCUUUGUAGUAAUACAAAAGUAAUGCAUAGGCCUGAAUCAUUAUCACCUGAAAGCUCUAAGAAAUGGGGUUCUUCAUUAAGUGCUUCUUGUUCAUCUUCUUCUAAUGGUUCUACUUCAAGAAGAUCUAAUGGGGUUAUCUCUACUUCCUCUGUUUCUACUACUGCAUCCUCUUCUUCAUCAGCUUCAUCUGCUGCUGCUGGUACUAGUAGUACUACUCGCUCAUCUGGUGGUGGGUCUUUUAGAGGAAUGCAGUUUAGAAGACUAUCAGGUUGUUAUGAAUGUAGAAUGGUUGUUGAUCCAUCUCAUUUAGUAUCUAGAGAUCCUUCUUUGAGAAAUACUCUGUCUACUUGUCCUGUCUGUGCAGAAGUUUUCAUGAAAACUGAAGAUUUAGAACUUCAUCAGUCUGUUAGACAUGCAGUAUCUGAACUGGGUCCUGAAGAUAGUAGUAGAAACAUAGUAGAGAUUAUUUUCCAAUCAAGUUGGUUGAAGAAACAAGCACCAGUCUGUAAAAUUGAGAGAAUUCUCAAAGUCAAUAACACUCAAAAGACCAUAACAAGAUUUGAAGAUUACAGAGAAUCCAUCAAAGCAAAAGCGAACAAGCUCAUAAAGAAACACCCAAGAUGUGUUGCGGAUGGCAACGAACUACUUAGGUUCCAUUGCACAACUUUUGUUUGCUCGAUCGGUGUUAACGGGUCGUCUAACCUUUGCAAUUCGAUUCCUCAAUGCAAUGUUUGUAGUAUCAUUAAAAAUGGAUUUAAGAUUGAAGGAAUGACAGGAGGAGGAGGGAUUUGCACUACUGCAACUAGUGGAAAAGCUCAUGAUAAUGCUAAAAUCACGUCUCAAAAGGAGAAACGAGCAAUGUUGGUUUGUCGAGUAAUUGCGGGUAGGGUUAAAAGGAAUCAAGAUGGAUCAGGCGCAGAAGAGUUUGAUUCAGUUGCAGGACCAAGUGGGAUUUACUCAGAUUUAGAUGAGCUAUCAGUGUUCAAUUACAAGGCUAUAUUACCUUGUUUUGUUGUGAUAUAUGGAGGGUUUUAACGCCGCGGCAUGUACUUGAUGUUGGUUCUUAGUAAUGCUGCAUAUUGCAUAAACACUAUGUUAUGUUAUGUAAUCUUUUGUAUUUCUUUUGAAUGUAAUUCAAGAUUUUCUUCCGCUUCUAUGUA